AUGUCGACUCCCACGACAUCAGCCGCGCGAUCGGCCUCUCGCCACUGUACCCGUACCAUAAAUCUAUCUCGGUCCAGCAGACCUGCCGUGACGUUCCUGAACCAGAGCAGAGGUCGACGAACAUAUGUCUCGCAGACGAAGCCUAAUCAGGCUCAAGUCACCGAUGUCGAGAGCGCCAUCAAGGCAGACCAGCGCAAGUUUGUCGAGAAGAGUGGCAAAAUGCCCUCAAAUGCCAAACUACCAGGCUCCGGUCUUGAUGGUGAUAUCGCCAUGAGCCCAGCCGCUGGCAUUCUGGGCCAAGCAACAGUCAUGGACAAGGGGUCAAGACCGAUCUACCUAGAUGCUCAAGCGACGACACCUACCGACCCUCGAGUGCUUGACGCUAUGCUUCCCUUCCUCACAGGCCUGUACGGCAACCCUCAUUCUCGGACGCAUGCCUACGGCUGGGAGACAGAGACCGCCGUUGACAAAGCACGAGAGCACGUGGCAAAUCUCAUUGGAGCAGAUCCGAAGGAGAUCAUCUUUACUAGCGGCGCCACCGAGAGCAACAAUAUGAGCAUCAAAGGUGUAGCAAGAUUUUUUGGACGUGCGGGCAAGAAGAAGCACAUAAUCACAUCGCAGACCGAGCACAAGUGUGUCCUCGACAGUUGCCGACAUCUGCAAGACGAAGGAUACGAGGUGACAUACCUGCCAGUGGACAACAACGGCCUGAUUAACCUACAAGAACUCGAAGCUGCCAUGCGACCAGAGACAUGUAUCGUCAGCAUCAUGUCAGUCAAUAACGAGAUCGGCGUUAUACAGCCAAUGAAAGAAAUCGGACAGCUCUGCAGAUCAAAGAAGAUCUACUUCCACACCGAUGGCGCUCAGGCAGUCGGCAAGAUCCCAAUCAGCGUCAAUGACUGGAACGUGGACCUGAUGUCCAUGUCUGGCCACAAAAUCUAUGGUCCCAACGGAAUUGGCGCAUGCUACGUCCGACGAAGACCCAGAGUCAGACUUGAUCCUAUCAUCAGUGGUGGAGGUCAAGAAAGAGGUCUGCGAAGCGGCACUCUUGCACCACAUUUGGUGGUUGGUUUUGGAGAGGCUUGUCGCAUCGCGAAGGAGGAAAUGGAUUAUGACACAAACCAUAUCAAUCGUCUCUCGAACCGCCUCAAGGAUGGCUUACUUGCCAUGGAACACACUUCACUGAACGGUGACCCAACUCGCCACUAUCCUGGCUGCGUCAACAUCUCAUUCGCCUAUGUCGAAGGCGAGUCUCUGCUCAUGGCACUUAAAGACAUUGCCCUGUCAUCAGGAAGCGCCUGUACAUCCGCAUCACUCGAACCCAGCUAUGUCCUAAGAGCACUCGGCAACAGUGAUGAGAGUGCGCAUAGCAGUAUCCGCUUUGGUAUUGGGCGAUUCACAACAGAUGCCGAGAUCGACUACGUUCUUAAGGCCGUCAAGGAACGCGUCACAUUCCUGCGUGAGCUCAGCCCACUCUGGGAGCUCGUGCAAGAGGGCAUCGACCUCAACACCAUCGAAUGGAGUCAGCAUUAG